UUUAAAAGUCCUCUCAAUUGGAGAGUGAGAUGCAUAAUUAGUGCUACGAAAAGGCAGUGAAAACAAACGAUUAUGUCUUAGGUUUCUAGUUGGCACAUUAAAGAAAAUCAUCUUCAGAAGUCUUCAGCGGCCUGUUUCAUAAACCAUACUGAUAAUAUUAGCUAUUAAUAUUAGUCUCAUAAAUUAAUAAUAUUAGUAUGCUUUUUUCUGUUUCAUAAAAAUAUAUAUUAGACUAAUAAAAGUGAAGACUAAUAAUAUUAUUUUACUAGUCAGCUGUUUACAAGUUAGUGAGGUUAUGUCAUAAUUUGCGGUGCGGUUCCAUUAAGUGGCGUUAAAUUUGCAUAAUGUCUAAAAUAAGAAGUAAAAGAUCGGAAAAGCAAGUUAAGCAACAAAACUUUCUCCGAAAAAUUAAAGACAUGAAAGAUAGUCUAUUUGGACAGUUUUCUACCACACUGACCAAGGAAACAAAAAGAUCCGCAUGGAUGGAAGUUAGGGACUAUGCGGUUUCUAUUGGAUUGAUUACAUGCGAGAAAGACUACACCUACGUGCGUGAUGCUACUUGGCCUAAUAUUCGGAACCGAACAAUGAUCAAACUUGAUAACGCAAAAAAAACUGGAUCAGAUGGCGGCCCCGAUUCGAAACUUGAUGACACCGACAAGCUAGUAAUUGAAAUAAUUGGAAAAAACUCUCCAGUUAUAGAAGGAAUCGGGGUCGCGGAUUCAAUGGAGGAAGAGGUUGUAACCCAAACUCUACCGACUAAUACUGAGACAUAACCUGAUGUAACAGAGAUAAAAGAGGAUGUGGGAAAUACAUUUGAAGAUGUCGUAAGCCCACCGCUGAAGUCCCAAAAGUUAACAAGAGGUUAUUAUCGAUAGUUCCUAAAUUAAUUUUCAAUUCCAGCUGGCUUUGGAUAGAAGGCUACAGCUGGACAAAAAUACAUUUCCAUUAGAUAAAGACCUCGAUAAAGACUGUCCUCAUAAAAAGAUUAUUACUUAUAUUUUUUAUUUUUCCA